AUGAGUGUUGAGAUUGACGAUAAAGAAAUUGCAAUAGCUGUGUUGAAUGGCUUGCCUCCACGAUUCGAUAACCUGAUUGUUGCUCUUGACGCACUUGGCAAUGAAGAUAAAGUGUUUGGACUCGAGUUUGUGAAGAGUCGUCUGCUGCAAGAAGAGCAACGAGAAAGCAUGAAGACCGCUUCUGCUUCAACACCACAUGCACCUGCACUUAGUGACUUUACUUGCUUGCUUUCGACUUCCACUCCAGAAAAGAGGGCUGCAAACGCAAGGUCAUGGCUUGUCGAUUCCGGUUGCAGCGCUCACAUUACGUUUGAUCGCUCUUUGUUCGUUACGUAUGAACAGAUGCAAUCUGGAUCAGUCGAGAUGGGCACGAAGGCUAGAGCCAAUGUCGCUGGUCGCGGCGAAGUAGAAUUCAUGUUGAACGUCAACGGUAGUCCACAUUCUUGCAAAUUGUCAAGCGUUUUGCAUGUCCCUGAUUUCGGAUACUCGCUACUGUCUGUUAGCCAAAUGGUUUCGAAGGGCAUGCAAGUGUCAUUUGAAAAUGACAAAUGCAUCAUGCUACAUGAACGCAUGGCCCAUGUUAAUGUACAAGGAAUCGCAUCAAUGAUUCACAAUAAUGUGGUAAGUGGCAUCAACGUUCGUCAAAGCGAUGUCAUCAGUGCAAUGAAUCCGAAGUCUGGCAAUCACCUUCUCAUUUGUCCUGCGUGUGUGUUCGGGAAAGCAACGCGAUCAGUAAUCCCGAAACAGCGAUCAUCGUCUCGAGCACAGAACUGUCUUGACUUGGUACAUUCUGACGUUUGCGGUCCGCUCGAAGUACAGUCCAUUGGUGGUUCGAGAUACUUCAUUACAUUUGUAGAUGAUCACUCGAACUGGGUAGUUGUGUACACGAUGAGAAAUAAAUCUGAGGCGUUUGCAAAAUACAAGUUGUAUGAAAAGUUGGCUCAAACCCACACUGGUCGCAAAGUAAAGGUGCUUCGCACUGAUCGAGGGGGAGAGUACUUGUCGACGGAAUUCAAGUCGCAUUUAGAUUUAAACGGUACGCAGCACCAACUCACAACGGCGUACACCCCUGAACAAAACGGUGUUGCUGAACGUAUAAAUCGAACUUUGAUUGAUCUUGUCCGCUCUAUGCUUUCUCAUAAACAGGUCAGUAAGCGAUUCUGGGCCGAGGCUCUUGCCACUUCGGUAUAUAUUCGCAAUCGAGUUACUACACCGGCUUUGCCAGUUAACACCACUCCCCAUCACAUUUGGAUGAAUUCUACUCCAAAUGUUGGCCAUUGGCGAGUAUUGGGGUCAAAGUGUUGGUAUACAUUACCAAAAUCAGAGCUCCGUAAGCUAGACUUGCGAGCUCGUGAAGCGAUUUUUCUUGGGUACUCGCAAUGCAGUAAGGCAUACAAACUUUGGGACGGAGAGUUGAAUAAAAUUGUUGUGUCACGGGGUGUCAAAUUUGAUGAAUCGACAUGUGGUAUGCAUGACAUUCCUGCACACGAAAGUGAUUCAAUCAACUCUAAUGUUGACGUUGUAUUGCUCGAUGGCGACAAUGGGUAUACAGCUGAUACCCCAAAUACGGAUGAGGUUGGUUCUUGUGGUAUAACCCCAAAUGGAAAUUAG